UUUUCUGACAAAUCGAAUCCCUUCUCUUCCGGUUAAAAUACCAAGAUGGCUCGAGGUCCAAAGAAGCACUUGAAGCGUCUUAACGCCCCAAAAGCAUGGAUGUUGGACAAAUUGGGGGGUGUGUUCGCCCCUCGUCCAUCCACUGGGCCACACAAACUUCGCGAGUCAUUACCUUUAGUUAUUUUCCUACGUAACAGGCUCAAGUACGCCCUUACCAAUUGCGAAGUAACUAAGAUUGUUAAACAAAGGUUAAUCAAAGUCGACGGCAAAAUCAGAACCGACCCCAACUACCCAGCUGGUUAUAUGGAUGUUAUCACCAUUGAGAAAACUGGAGAAUUCUUCCGUUUGAUCUAUGAUGUUAAAGGUAGAUUUACGAUCCACCGCAUCACAGCUGAAGAAGCUAAAUACAAAUUGUGCAAAGUAAAGAGGGUGCAAACUGGACCAAAAGGUAUCCCUUUCUUGGUCACCCACGACGGACGUACCAUCCGUUAUCCUGAUCCCAUGAUCAAAGUAAACGACACCAUCCAGUUGGAAAUCGCGACAUCCAAAAUCCUCGACUACAUCAAAUUCGAAUCAGGAAACUUGUGCAUGAUCACUGGAGGUAGAAAUUUGGGACGUGUCGGUACUGUAAUGAACCGCGAAAGACACCCAGGAUCUUUUGACAUUGUCCACAUUAAGGAUGCCCAAGGUCACACUUUUGCUACUAGGUUAAACAAUGUUUUCAUUAUUGGUAAGGGCGCUAAAGCCUUUGUAUCCCUCCCAAGAGGAAAGGGUAUUAAAUUGUCGAUUGCUGAAGAAAGAGACAAGAGAUUGGCUGCAAAAACCCACUAAUGUGUAGUUAUUAUGCAUUUUAAAUAUAAAAAACUAUAAAAACUUGAA